GAUUUUUCAAGCCCGUGCCGGACAUAAACCAAACCAAAACACAAGUGUGUGUGUGACUCGGUUGUGACUCAGCAAGCAAGUUGACUAAGGCAUAUCAAUCACUUUUGACUAUUAUCCUAAUGGCACUUGAUCCCCGCUUGGAAUGUUUACCAGAACAUGAAGGUCGUGCAUUUAGAACAUGGCAAUUAAUCAUGCAAACAACUAUGGGUAAAGUAAUGCAGCCGUCUGGAUUUCAAUUAAACUCUUCUGACACUACUAAAAAGGCCCUUCCCAAAGCAGACGAGUUUAUACCGUUAGUAAACACAAACGAGUCGAGUACAAACCCAGAAAAUGAGAUUAACUUAAAAAGAAAGAAAUCUCAAAGUUCAGAGGUGUCUUCGGAUGAUGAUAGUGAUGAGAAAGACAACAUUAAUAUAGCUCCUUGGAAAGGUUGUGAAAAAUAUCCUGAAAAUGCUUAUGGGUUGCAUUUGGAAAUUAAGGAUUUUUUUACAUACAUGUCACCAUUACCAGAGGAAGAGUUGAUGAGAAAAGAUGUUGUAAAAAGAAUGAGUGAUCUAAUUAUAAGCAUUUGGCCAGCUGCAAAGGUGGAAGUAUUUGGAAGUUUUCGAACCAAUCUCUACAUUCCAACCAGUGAUAUUGAUCUAGCUGUGUUUGGUAAAUGGGAGAAGCUACCAUUGUUUACAUUAGAGAAAGCUCUAAUUAGUAACGAGAUAGCUGAACCUGCAACAAUUAAAGUAUUGGAUAAAGCUAGUGUUCCCAUUAUCAAGCUUACUGACAAACUGAGCAAAAUUCGAGUGGACAUCAGUUUUAACACAGAAUCAUCUGUGAGAAGUGCAGAAAUGGUCAAGUCUUACAUAAAAGAAUACAAAAUUUUGCCUUACUUGUUCCUGACGUUAAAGCAUUUUUUGGUGCAGCGAGACUUAAAUGAAGUGUUCACUGGUGGGAUUAGUUCUUAUUGUCUGAUGUUGUUGGCGAUAAGUUUUCUUCAGAGGCACAGAAGAAGGUAUGACGUCAAGAAAGAUGACGCAAAUUUGGGAGUGCUAUUAAUGGAAUUCUUUGAACUUUAUGGACGUAACUUUAACUAUCAAAGAAUUGGUAUAAAAAUAAAAAAUGGUGGAUGCUAUGUCAGCAAAGAAGAAAUUAAAAAAGAAUUAGGUAAUGGGGAGUAUCCGUCAUUACUUUGUAUCGAAGACCCUGUCACAUUAGCUCUCGACAUAGGCCGAAGUUCGUAUGGUAUUCUUCGUGUAAAGGAAACGUUCGAGUAUGCGUUCAAUGUUGUUGACAGUGCUCUACGCAAUAAGAGUUAUUUUAAAGUCAAUCCAAAGAGCACCUAUCUUAGCCGUAUUAUAUCCGUUCCACAAGAUUUGAUAGAAUACAGAAGGUGGGUGAAAGAAACCUACCAUACGUUGAUUCAUCGUCAAAAGACUCCAUCACCCAUCUCACCAUUAUAUCAAGUUAAUAUACCUCAGUUGCAAGCCAAUGGUCGUCAAGCGUUGCUACCUACCCCUCCAAGUCCGUACUCACCUCAUUUGACUGUGGUCACACCGCCUUUUUCACCAUACACAACAAACUCAAAUGUAAUACCAUAUAGCCCUGUCGCAUUUUUUGCUAGCAACUCCGUACCAAGACAGCAAGUAAUCCUACAUAAUGUAUCCGCCAACAACUGUGUUACUCCGUCUACACAGAUUAAUCGGUUACCUAGUUUACACAUGGCUCCUCCACGCUCGAAUUCCAUGUCAUCGACGAUACAGUUAGGUCAAGUGAGCUAUGUUGUACCAGGUGUAUUUAACGCUCCACAAAUUGAACAAGUUAUACAAACGCCAACCACGCCUGUACUCUCACCCGAAACGGUUUCGUGUAACAACAACACGAAUCCUACGUUGUCGUCUUUGCAGCAUGUGGCCAACACGCAACAACGAAACCAAAAUAUGCACAAACAACAGGACAAUCAAUCACAUGAGCGUACUAACUUUACUGGUAGCAGUUCUAACCAAUCAUUUGCUAGUGCGAUUAUAAAGGGAACUGAAAAUACCACAUGUCGGAACUCAAUGCCUAAUAAAAGCUGUACAUUUUCUACUUCCAGCCAAAGUACGAACGGACCAAAAUCGCCUUCCAAUAUGGCUAAUACCGAUAUGAAAGUGAUUGAAAUUCCAGAUAGUCCAGUUACUAAAACCUGUGAAUCUGCGACAGGCCAAAGUAAAGGUUCGGAUGUGAACAAUGCUAUUUAUGUAGACUGCAGUAGAGAAAAGUUUCAGCAAGACACCGCCCCACUGAACACUACAAUUAAUUUAAUAUCAAGCGAUAGUAGCAGCAACGAGUAGCAAUUCUGUCAAUUUUUUAUAGUCGUGAAUAUCUACUUUGACAGUGAUAGCGCGAAAAAUCAGCUACGUUAGGGUAUUCUCGCAAACCUCAGGUAUUGAAUCUGGAUUGUUUUUCACGUGUUCCUUUUUCCUAUUUUUUAAAAAAAAUUUCCACUGUUUUAAAUCUCUGAUGCCAGUUUUUUUUUGUUUUUUUUUAAAAUAACUAAUAAUGAUUUGUAAGCACCCCUUGAACUGAUUGAAAUGACCAGAAACAUAUGCGCCAGAUAAAUGAUUUACUGCAUAGCGGGAGGAAAAUAUGUCUAGUGCGUUUUUUCUUGCUACUUUUUUCAUAUAGCGUUUGAUUUUACAGUCUUGUUUAUCUUUUGUACUUUUAUUUGGUUGGUACAGUUUUUAUAGGUGGGCGAGUUACUGUCUUUUAUUCACGUGUAGAAACAAUAUGUAUUCUAGCAGCAGAUGUAUUAUACGAAAAUUUAAACUAAAUAUAUAUAUAAAAUAUGUA